AUGUGGGAUCUUGAUGUUAACUGCAUGUAUGUUCCCCUAAAUGUCGGUAAGCACUGGAUCUCUAUGUGCGUCAACUUUGUUACUCGGUCGAUAGAGGUCUUUGACUGUGAGGGACUGAGACACCCCGGUGCAGUGGAGCCAUUUGUAGUUCUCAUCCAUCGAAUUGUCAAAGCUGUUCAGUCUUCUAAGAGUCGGCAGUAUCACGUCAAGCAGUAUACCGUCUCCUACGCCUCAAUGCCCUUCUUAUUGAACAAAAGUAGCAGUGACUGUGGAGUAUAUGCCUUGAAGCACAUUGAAUGCCAUCUUCUAGGCUUAGACUUUUCCCUGGUGAAUGACAACAACAUUCGUGAAGCGCGGCAGAAGAUUGCUUAUGACCUAUGGGAAGCUGCUAUUGAUCUUGUUCUUAUUGAAAGGAUGGCAAAAUUCACUCCCCCGAUGACAAUUUCAAGUGCUCUAGUGGAACUUGAAUGA